AGGAAAUAGAAAUAAAAAAAAAGUGUUUAGCUUUUUAGGAUACAAAUGUCAUUAUUACCAUAUUGUUAAAUAACAAUAAUUUUCUUUUAAGAUAAAUCGCACAACGCGUAUUCUAUUUGAAUUGAAAGUGAAUAUUAGUUCACGUUGGUAAUCUUUUCCAAUAAUAAUUCAUUUGGGAAUAAAAAAGAAUAAACUAUCAAGUUGAAAGCAGUUCAUUGUUUCAGGAUGUCUGACAUUAUAACAUCAUGUCUACAAUUGCAGAAAAAUAUAUCUACCAACAGGAUUGUGGUUAAAGAAAUAAAUGGUUGUGAUGGUUCAUUCAUUGUCAAUUGUGUUAUCAGUUACUGUAUUAAGCAAAACAGCCCUCUUUUGAUAGUAUCCUCACAUAACUCAAUAACUCAUUACCACAAUGUUGGUUUAAGAAUGAACCAUAAUCUGUUUAAAAGUUGUGAGGCUGGGGUGAUACAUUAUUUUGAUUUUGGUGACGCAACAUUAACAAAUAUAAUGGAGUAUGCUGAAUCUGAUCAAUUGCUCAUAGAUGUGCUGAAAAACAUAGAAGAAAUGCAGCGUAAUCAUGACACAGUUAACAUUAUUUUUGAUGGAAUCACACAUUUACUAGAUCUUCAGUAUACAUUACAAGAAGUGAAUAAGUUUUGUUCUGAAAUUAUAGAAAUUGCUGCUAAAUCAAAAAAUCCUUUUGUAAUAUUUCAUUGCAAUGAUGUGAUAGAAGAUGAUGCUAACCACUGUUUGGCAAAUUUGCUAUCGCACAAAGCACAAACUGUGGUUGAAGUGGAAAACCUUUCUUCAGGAUUGAGUUCAGAUGUGUCAGGUCAUUUGACAAUAAAAUAUCCAGGAAACAAAUUCAAUGAAGAACACAUACAUACAGUGGAUAUGAAGCCAAAAAAAUAUCUUUUUAAAUUGUUUGACAGAGGAGUAAAAUUGCUUGCACCUGGUACUGUUUAACUUUGUGCACAAUAUAUUAUUAUGAUGAGAAUAAUUUAAGUCUGACUUACAUAUUAUGUAUAAAGGUAAAGUCUAUUAUGUAUAAAGAUAUCAUAGGGCUUUAUUCAUCAUUCCUUAACUUAACCAAAUAAAAAAAUACCCCUUAAUAUAUAUGUUUUAUUGAUUG